AUGACAGUCACCCUGCAGGACUUCGCGAUGAUUAUUGGUCUUCCGCUCCACAUCGAGUCUCUCAUUGGACGAGUGUGGAACAAGUUCUGGCAUGAGAGAGUUACCGGUCUCAUCGGUGAUUGCUCCCCCUCUCUUACCGCCAGGGGAAAGAUGGACAACCGGUCAUCCGGUGUCCCAUUCAAGUGGCUCCGUGAGAACAGGUCGGGAUGCCCACAAGGUGUGGACAACGAGACGAUGGAGCAAUACGCGCGGGCGUACCUGUGGUAUCUCCUAUCCCAUGUACUUUUUAUAGACUGCUCUGGUGACGUUGCGUCCUGGAUGUUUCUUGACUUCCUGGUUGACUAG